UAUAUAUAUUUGUUUCUUGUGCAAAAAAGGAAAAAAUAAAAGAGAGGAGAAUUCUAUUGUGUUGGAUGAUUUCUGUUGGGAGUAGAGAUGAAAGGAAGAAAAUGAUGAUGUAUGGUUUUGAAGGUGAAAAAAUGGAGUUUGAAGAGGAAGAAGCUUAUUUCCAGCAUAAUAAUAAUUAUAAUGAUGAUGAUUCAAGUAUUGAUCCUGAUUUAUCUCUAUCUUAUAUUGACGAGAAACUUCAAGAUGUUUUGGGACAUUGUCAAAAGGAUUUUGAAGGUGGUGUCUCAGCUGAAAAUUUGGGGGCGAAGUUUGGGGGAUAUGGUUCAUUUUUGCCCACUUAUCAGCGUUCUCCUGUUUGCUCUCAUCCGAAGACCCCGGCAAAAGUUCUUACUUAUAGUGCACCUGUAUCUCCAAAUAAUGCACAUAAAGAGGUUGGUCAUCAGAACUCUGUUUCUCAAUCAAGUGCAUCAAAACCAGUGAGAAAUGGAUCAACCUCAUUUCGUCCCAGAUCAGGGUCAGCACUGAGAUCGUCAAAGUCGAAUGCCAAAUUGAAAAAAGAAGUUUUAUCAUCUUCUGGGGAAAGGUCCAAAUCUGUGAGAAACUUCACCAAUGAUUCUGACCCAAAGUCUCUCAGGGUUCGUAUCAAAGUUGGUUCAGAUAAGUUGUCGACCCAGAGAAAUGCUGAAAUAUACAGUGGACUCGGGCUUGAUGUUUCCCCAUCAUCUUCAUUGGAAGUCAGUCCAGUAGAUAGUGACGGGUUUUUACACGUGGCUCAAGUUGGUCCUAAUGAAUCUCCUACUAGUAUUCUUGAGAUGAUGACUUCAUUUCCGGUUUCGGGAAGUCUUCUCUUAUCUCCUCUUCCGUAUGAUGUGUUGCACUUGACUGAAAAGAAGUUGGAGGAUGACAGCUGUGGACCCGUUCAUAAGGGGAGCCAAGAAAGUACUGUGACAGCACUUCAUGGGUCUGAUCUUGUCAAGGUUGAUCGAAAUGUUCUUGGAGAGAAGUCAAAGUCAUCUGAGAAAAAUUCUGUUUCUAUGGAAUCAACUAAUGGUAACGAUAUUCGUAACGCCACUGGGGUUACAGAAAAGAAGGGAUCAAGCGUGGACCAUUUGACUCCUAAAAAUAAGACGCCAUCUUCUGGUCUCAAAAGGAAAUCAGAGGAUGGUUCCAAGAGCGAUUCUUUUACAUCUAAAAAUAAAGAUAAAUCUCAUGGGCUAAAAAGUUAUAAGGAAGAUCUAAAGAAAGAUAGUGGGAAGGCCAGAGAGACUUAUAAAGAUUUCUUCGGGGAACUUGAUAUAGAACAUGAUCAUGAUGAAUUGACAUUGGAGAAACCUUCCGAGUUCAUUUACGUAAAAGGCACAGGGGAUAAUAGUAAGUUAUUGAGAGAGAACUUGAAUCGAAAUGAAAGUAAAAAAAUAUCUUCAUUUACGAUGGGCAAUGGGCUAGAAUCUGAUGCAGUUGCCCCUAUGGUGGUUCCGGUAGUCAAUGAAGAUUGGGUUGGUUGUGAUAAAUGUAAUAAAUGGAGGCUUCUCCCACCUGGUGUAAAUCCUGGUAGCCUUCCUGAGAAGUGGAAAUGUAGCAUGCUUGAUUGGUUGCCUGGAAUGAAUCGGUGCGGUAUCAGUGAGGAGGAAACAACAAAAGCUACAACCUCCCGUUUUCCUGGUCCGGCUGUUCAAGGUCCUCAACCUGUUCAUCCCAGUGGACCCCGCUUAGGAGUGAUUCCACUUGAUGCUUUAGGUCCAGAUGGGACCCACCAAAAUUUUGGUUCAGAAUAUUUAUCUUCUGGUGUUAAAAAAAAACAUGGAUUAAAAGAUUUUCCUAUUGAAGCUAAGCAGGACAGACCCUCUCUCUCUUCUAACUCUUCAAAGAAGAAACUUAACACCUCAUGUAAAACCAGAAGUUUGAACGCCGCCAGUCACUCUCCUCUUGUUAAUGAAACAGAAUUUUUAGAUUCAGGUCAUUCCCAUGAUGUGAUUACAGAGGAGGACAGGCUAAAGCAAACGGAGAUCAAUAAAUUAAGGGAAAGUUUUGCAGUUGAAGGUGACAUCAUUUGUCAUUCCAAUAUUGGCAACAAAAGAGAGAGGACUCGAGAUUUUCCGAAAGAUUUCAAAAAAGCCAAGAGAGAUGGUGAUGAAUCAUUCCACAUGGGAAAAUUUGAUGAAAGAGACGUUGCAAGGAAAAGGAAAAAAGUGAAUGAACUUGAUGGCGCCGGGAACUAUAAUAAAGAAACAAGUGAAACUAACCACAGGAAGGAAAAGAGAGCAAGAGUGUUAAAGUCUUCUGAAGGAGUCUCUGCCAGCAAAACUAAAAGCAUUGAAGAUUUGCCAAAAGAUACUUCAAGACGAGAUACGGUCUUGGCUGCCACUUCAAGCUCUUCAAAAGUUUCGGGUUCUGUUAAAAUGAACACCAAUAAACAGGAAGCAAAAGGGUCACCGGUGGAAUCAGUUUCCUCUUCUCCUAUGAGGAUCUCGAACCUCACUAAAUUUCCAUCACCAAGAAGGAAUAGUAGAGACAUUGGCCCUUUGACCAAAAAUGUAAAUGGCCGGGCUUACGAAGAAAAAUCCAGAGGAGGGAAAAAUAAAUCUCUAGGUAAAUUUGCAAAAGGAAGUUCUUCUAAGGAGUCACCAUUGACCAAAAAUGUCAAUGCGAGAUCUAGUCAAGAUUCCAAGAAACCUUCAAAGAAGGAUGUUUAUAUUAAAGGAAAGUCGAGCUCCUUGCCACCAAAGGGUUUCAGUGAAACUGAACGGAAAGAGCAUGCAGGGAAUACUUUAUCAUUGAAGGGUUUAAAAGAGAAUAAGAAACAGCAGAGCCUGAACGGAAAUCAGCCCAUUAAUGUAAAGAAUCCCUCACCCAACAGGAAUAAGGGCAGGAAUCUUGAUCCCACUGCUGUCCUUGUUAGGGAACUAUCCAAUCAAGCUACUACAGAUACCCUAAGAGAGGCGAAAAGUCUCAAGCACAUGGCCGAUCGCUUAAAGAAUGGUGGAUCAGAUCUUGAAAGCAGGGCCCUUUAUAUCGAAGCCACCCUUAAGUUUCUCCAUGGAGCCUCUUUGUUUGAAUCAAUUGGGAAAUCCGGUGAGAUGAUUCAAUCAGUAUCCAUAUACAAGAGCACUGCAAAACUAUGCGAGUUUUGCGCUCAUGAAUAUGAGAGAACCAAGGAGAUGACCACUGCAGCUUUGGCAUACAAGUGUAUGGAGGCUGCUUACAUGAAGGUUAUAUAUCAUGCACAUGCCACCACUUGCAAAGACGUGAACGAGUUAAAAACAUCUCUUCAGAUCGCUCCUAAGGGGGAAUCUCCUCCAUCUGCUUCUGCUUCCGAUCUUGAUAAUUUGAACAACCCUGCAACAAUUGACAAGGCUUCUGCAUUAGCCAAGGUUGUUAAUACUCCAGUUCCUAGAAAAGAUACCAUUGCUGCUGAAAACAAACCCAACUUUACGAGGAUUCUUAGCAUUGUAGAUAAUGUCAAUCUGGCAAUGGAAGCCUCAAGGAAAUCACAAACUUGUUUUGCAGCCUCCAGUUCAAAAGACGAAGCUGUUUUAUCUGCGGUUAAAAAGGUUCUUGAUUUCGGCUUCCAUGAUAUGGAGGAAUUGUUGCAGCUGAUUCGAGUUGCAUUGGAAGUAAUUAAUAGUAGGUGAUUCGAGUAAUAUAUAAAAGGAUCCCCGACACUAAAAAACAAAGAUCAAGUGUAAUCAUCUGAAAGCUGCGUGAUCACCUCCCCCUAUGACUAGUGUGGGACUGGUGCGACGUGUCCCCCAGAGGGUGGGUUACCUUUUAUCAACUUUAUGAUCCACAUAAAGGCAACAAGCUUCAGGCUGUAUAAUAAUAAUUUUUUUUCAGUUGCUUAGGCGACAAUAAGGAGUUCAAUGAUUUCAGUUAACAUUGCUGCAUAUAAUCAAAUUGUUGAGAUAAAUUCUAUACUGGCUGGAAAAAUCAUGAAGUUAGAUACUUGAUGUUUCAGUGAUGAAGGUUAUAAAGAUGGAAAAGUCCUGGUGGUGUAUAUACCCGACGAGCUGCUUUGUUACCUGUGCUGCUGUGCAUAUAUUAUCAUUUUUGGUUUGUGUUCACUUCUUUAGGUGGCUGAUAAAGAGUUCAAUAUUUGUAACUAGGUUUUCUCAUAGAUGUCGAGGAUUUUUUAAUUUCUGAUGUCUCAUUGAGUCGUUCAUGUUAUCAUCUUAGUAUCAAACAAUGGCUAUAUAUUGUGUAUGUAUUUCGAUUCAAUCGAUAUCAUUGUGUAAAGUCCAGUAAGUUCAUUCUCUAGUAAAAGUCAACAUAGUUUUUUUGAAACAAA